AUGUGUGCCGUGAAUUUGAUCAAGGAAGGCGGAAGGCGCUACACGCAAGUUAAACACAAUCGUGGCCUAUAUGCGAGACGCGAGCCCUACCGCUGGGCGAGUCUGCCCAGACGGUGCCAACAGAGGCCGUCGCGGCGCAUAACUUCGCAACAUCGCCUGAGUAUCUCUGUGAGAGCGCAGUCCAGAACUCGCCCCGCCGUGAUCGCUCGCCAGGGUAACCCGAACAAUCACGCCACAUCCAGUGGACGGAACGCCCUCAGAUGCUACCAGAGGUAUUGUGGCAAGGUCCCAUGGCUGUCUCAUAGGCAAAUUGCCGCGAUACGCGCCUUGUCCCCAAAGGCGAUCGAGCAUGUUCUCGAACGAGCGCAGCAUGGAGGCGUCCCUGAGCAAUCAUCCCCCCCGCAGGACAAAUUGCCCCACGGGGCGCCCUCGCCCACAUCGGCACAAAUCGGACAUAGCGUGAAGGACGCGCGCAAGCGUCCGUCCCAUCAAAAGGAAGAGCACAAGAACCCGCAGGGCGUUCGCGCGAGCAGAUGGUGCCUUGUGGCGGUAGAGAACGCGGCCCUCAACGCCUUGCUAUCAUAUUAUCUGACAACCGCGUGCCUGCCGGCCGCACAGAGCGCGCCACGCGCCAACGAGGCAGCCGCAAAGGAACGCGAGCGAAUCCGCACACUGGCCCAGCGUGCGGCAGACACAGACCCACCUUCCCCAACGCACGCAGACGCAGACAUCUGGUACGGGCAACUUCGCACGUCAUGGCUGCACAGCUGCCCGCGCGCGGGCGACCUGGGGCGCACUGCGGGUCCUGUGACCGCGCAGCGUGCUUCCGGGCGCGCAGAUUGGCUGCGCGGGAUGCGUCUGCGACCGGGCGCCAGUGCAACAGAGCCACGAUGUCGUCAGCUGGGGCUGGAGUGGGCAGCGGGCGAGGAUGCGUUCACACCGGUCUUCCAGCUCAAUUGGGAUCUGAUUGGGAAGCGGCAGAUAGACGCACAUUAA